AUGGCGGCUGCAACGAUGACAGAGCCGGGCCGCGUGCUGCCUGCCGCCGCGCUCGCGCCAGGCCUGGGCACCGAGGGGCUGCCGCGCGCCUUCCUGCAGAGCCUGCGCACCCUCUUCGACAUCCUGGACGACCGGCGGCGCGGCUACGUGCACCUGUGCGAGAUCGAGUCACGAUGGCAGGGCGCCGACGCGCGCGAGCUGCCCCGCGGUGUGCUCGAGGGUCUGCGGCAGGCGGCCCCGGCCAGCGGAUACCUGACUUUCGAGCGCUUCGUGGCCGGCCUGCGCUCCUCGCUGCCGAGCGCCGAGGGCGGCCCGCGGGACCCGGCGCGCGCCCUGGCCCGGGGAGGAGGACCUGGUGCACGGCCCUCCGAGAAGCCCCAGCCGCCGCAGCACUUGCUCUUCGCGCCGGCGGAUGAGCCACGCACGAUGCUAGAGAAGAAGGCCCUGCCCCCGGGCGCGCGCCCUCAGCGGGCCCGGCCCGGAGCCGCGGCCCGGAGCCUGGAGCAACUGUGCGUCUCACCUGAGACGGCGCCCGGGCCCUCGGAGCCCGAGCGGAGUAGGUCUGGAGUGAGCCGGCCCAUGCUCUCUGCAGAUGCAGCUGCCUGUAGGGCUGUGGAGGUGGACCUGGCGAGUAGCCGGCGGCCCCCACGUGCCCGAGGGGAACAUCGGAGGCACACCAUCACCAGUGGUGUGGACUGCGACCUGCUGAAGCAGCUGAAGGAGUUACAGCAGGAGCAGGAUGUGCUGGUGCAAGGGCUGGGCAUGAUGGCGCGGGGCCGGGACUGGUACCAGCAGCAGCUGCAGCGGGUGCAAGAGCGUCAGCGCCGCCUGGGACAGAACGGAACCAGCACCGACUUGGGAGCUGAGGGGAGCUUUCGUCCACUGGGACAGCUGCUGCCCAAAGUACAGGAGGUGGCCCGGUGCCUCGGGGAGCUGCUGGCAGCGGCCUGCGCUGGCCGAAGGACACCUCCCAGUCCGCUUGACCCUGCCCUCCCACAGGCUCCGCCCUCCUCCUCCACCUCUGCGCCCCCUGGCCCCCCUUGGCCUGAACAGACCAUUUUCAUGCUGAAGGAACAGAACCGGCGCCUCACCAAGGAAGUGACGGACAAGAGUGAACGCAUCACCCAGCUGGAGCAGGAGAAGUUGGCCCUCAUCAAGCAGCUGUUCGAGGCCCGCAGCCAGCAAGAGGCUGGGCCCCUGGACUCGACCUUUAUCUAG